AAACUAAACAAUUAAUUGAGUUCACGAAACAAUACAUUAUAUUGUAUAGUAUACCAUAAAAAGUUACGUUGUGAUGAGUUUUCUGUAGACAAGUGAGUCACCUGACGUGAGGUGUGACCACUCGGGCUCACUGAUCAGCUGGCACUGCCAUAGGGGGAGGGACAUCACGGAAAGUGAAAGUAGUCGUGUCCUUGGUGUCACGUCAUCCUAAUUAACAUUGUAAUCAACAUACACAGCAUCCUCCUGUCUGCACAUUAAGAUGAAUAACACUCACAGAAGACAGAACAGCCGUGGACGAUCAACUGUCUUAAAGGUUGUGAUUCUUGGAGAUGGUGGGGUAGGCAAAUCCUGCCUUAUGAACCGUUUUGUAACAGACCGUUUUGAUGAGCACUCCUUCCACACCAUUGGAGUGGAGUUCCUGAACAAAGAGAUUGAGCUGGGAGGAGAAACAUACACAUUACAGAUUUGGGACACAGCUGGACAAGAGCGGUUCAAAAGUUUAAGGACUCCUUUCUAUCGAGGCUCAGACAUGUGCCUUCUCACCUUCAGCAUAGAUGAUCCUCCCAGCUUCAAGAAUCUGGAUAUGUGGAGGAAGGAAUUUGUAUAUUAUGCUGAUGUCAAAGCUGAUUUUCCCUUUCUUGUCGUGGGCAAUAAGGUUGACUUAGAGAGGAAAGUGGACCGCGAGGAAGCAGAAGCAUGGUGUAAGGAGAAUGGUGACCUUCCUUACAUUGAAACCUCAGCUAAGGAUGCUACCAAUGUGGAGGCAUCUUUUAUGGUGUGCCUCAAGAGGUGGGCAAACAUAGAGGGCCGCCAGGAACGACUCCCCAUGCCAGACACAGUCCAGUUGGAUGGUGGAGGGUCUCAUCAUCGACUCUGCUCCUGUUCCUCAUAGGUGAAAUGACGAACAGCAUGUCUGAUCCUGAGAGAAAAACAAUGGUGAAGAGAUGCUGAGAUAUCACUCUUUGAAACGGUGAGGAACCUGCCAACCUUGCAGGAAGUGAAUUUUUCAGAUUAUAAGAACCCAGGACAGGAUACUGAUUUAAUCAGUAUUUAUUAUACCUGAGCCAAAGACUCCAAGGCAAAAAGAAAAGUAUUGAUUAUGCAUAAUCCAAAAUUUAACCUUGCAGGGACUAACCUCAACUCAACUUUGUAGAAGUUUAACCUAACCUUCUGGGGCCCUGUCAUAACCUAACAUAACCCUGCAGGGUGUAACCAUAAUCUAGCUUAACUUAACCUGACUUUUCACCUGCUUCACAAGUUGAGUUAACAUCAGUAUGUCAUCAGCACUGCUGGAAAAUAUUAAUUUCUUGUAAAUAAGUCUGCCAUAGUUGCUGAGAUACAAGUCAAAGGAUGCUGAUGCUGGAUGGUAGAAAGCGUUGUGUGUGUGUCCUAGGCAGAGCUGAUGUAAGCAUCCUAUGUCGGAACAUCGAGAGUUGACAGUCAAAGGAAAUACAUUCCAUUGUGAUAACUGCUGAAGGGAGCUUUCAUUACUAAGCAAUCACUUAAAUUACAAUAUAAAAAAUAAUAGCUAAUUAAAGCAUGUCAGUUUGUAUUUCUGUUAUUCACAAUAGCAAUAAUUAGCAUUAAUAAUGUAUUUAAUGGCUAUAAAGUGUCAUAAAAGGAAAUAGUGUUAAUGUAUCUUGAGUGGCUGGAACCAAUUGGAAUUAGCCCUAUAGAUUUUAUGAUUUCCAUUUUAUGUUUUCACACAUCACACACUAUGGAUGGUCCCAGUUAUAUGUGAUCUGGAUGGGUUGUGUGUAUAAAUAUCUAUCUUGAAUUGAAUAUUGUGAAUAUUGUGAGUGACAUCAUCAUUAUGAGUUAUUGUCAUCAAAAUGCCCUGGCAUACAGUUUUGAAGUUUAUUUCCUCACCAUAAUAAAAUUGUCUCUCAUCUAUUGCCACAACCAACAGCAUGUCCAUUCAAAUGUGAAAACUUCUGUUUUUUUUCAUAUUUUGACAGAUACUACUUGUUUUUUGCAAAUUUGCAAAUAUUUGAAAUGUGUAUGAGCUGAUAUCAUGGAUGCAAGACCCUGUUGUAUAGGUUGUGUAUACUAAUUGUUGAGGUAUGAUUGCAUAUCUCAUAAACACCUUAUAAAAUAUAGUCUUUUCACUGGAACAUAAGUCAAGCAAGAUGUGUGAGUCUGUGCAUGUUUGUAACCAUGUACUGAUUGGCUUCUGUCAUAUAUUUGCAACCCAGUUACUUUUAUUGUCCUUACAGUUUUUUUUUUACAGUGAUCUUGCAGUUAGAGCAUUUUAUCAUAUUUUAUUAAUACUAAUGGACAGCAGCAAUCACGAAAUUCAAACAUGUCAUGAAAGAUGAAGAAUUGAUAAAGAAAAUAUAUCAGCGAAUGCAAGGCCAAACUCAUGUCAGGUACAUGAGAGUUAAGCAGUACUGGUACUGGCAUCACACAGCCACUACACUACAUCCUCACCAUAUUUUUUAAUUAAGCUGUAUAAUAACAGCAUUCAAUCCAUCCAGUAUCAACACCUUAAAUUUUAUGGUGUUUUGCAUACACUUGAUGCCAUUGUCAUAAAUUUACAGCGGCAACUUUAAAAAAUUCUAUACUCUUUAUUUGUUUAUUGAACUUAACAGAAAACACACUGCAUGUACUUCAAACCUUACUCAAACCUGUGUAUAUGUAGUCACAUGUGUGUAUGUAUGUGUGUUUGUAGUUACAUGACAAGAAGCCAUUGGAAGCAUACUGACUCGUGAUUUCAGAGAAAUGAGUAUGAUGUAGGCUUGUGCCUGGAGCACUGCUUCAGAGAAUACCGCACACCUCUUCACUUCUGAAGUGAUUCAGUACUGCUUAUAAAUAGUGUCUUUAUGAAAAACAACAAAAAAGUGCUAGCACACAUUCAGUCACAUGUGAAUUGCAAUAGCCUACUGAUUGUGCAGUGAGGUAGAUGAUUUUACCAUUGGUGAGGUGACAUAACACCAUCCACAAACACUGAUGAUGGCCACAAAUUGCUAGCACCACAAACACUGCUGGCAUCACUAUUUGUCACAUUACACAUACCAGUGCCAGGCAACUUAUAAUGUCAGUUUCAAAAAAUUUUUCACUUAGCUAAACCCCCUUUAACAUGUUUUCUCACAAUCUUUACAUUGUUUAGGAUCUUUUCAGUGCAUGAAAAAAAUAAAUAAAAUUUGCCUGGCACCACAGGCAGGCUGAUGGUUAAAAUAGCUGGCACUGUGUUGGUUAAGAAUAAUAACACCACAAAACUGUGAGAAAGCAUUGUGGCUGUGUGAUGGCAGUGCUGCCUAAUUCACAAACUUGAUAGCCACUGUAGCUGUGCAUUCAUUGGUAUAAUUUUGGUAUCGAUUAUUUCACAUGAUAGGCUUCAAUUUUGUAAUUAUUAAUGCCUCUUAGUACUUAAGAAAUAUAAAAUCAUGUAAUGAUGUCACUAUAAAACAUUAAAAACUAUAAGUAAUGCUGAUUUAUGCAUUUAUGGCAGUAAUCACUCAGCUCUUGGCUUAAUAAACUCAUGUGGGCUUACAGUUUGUUCAGUUUAGCCUUCAUUGAAAAAAGUAUAACUCAUAAACUACUACUGACAUUAAUUGUAUAUAAAUCUUUGUGUACAAGAAUUCAGAAAAAAAACUUUGUGUGCAUUUAUGUCAAGGAUAUGAGAAAUAGUCAUAGUAUUGAUCUUUUGCCUACAGAAUGAGUUGUGAGGAGGAAAGGAAGAUG